AUGGGCUGUACGACUAGUGCUGCUCCCUGCAAGACUGGCGGGUCAAGGCUCAUGACAACAAAACUCAACUUUACUAAAGAACAGUUAGAAGGAUUGAACGGAUUUUUCCGAAGAUCCGUGGAACGUCAGGGAGUGUAUAAUAAAGAUAUCGAAGAGAUUGAAUCAACAAUUGAGAGAUUGGUGCAACGACUGAUUGCAGGAGUGAGCAAUCUGGAUUCCAGAUUCUCCUCCAUGUUCCUCGUUUCCCUAAAUGAGCGUCGCCGGAUAAAGCAACUAAAGUUUGAGUACUUGCUGCGUAUCGAUGCCCUCUCGACUCCGACCGUCGAUCCUGAUAUGAUGUGUGCAGCUGUAUAUGUCGAGGAAGAUUCAACAUCACUAGGAUUUGCUAGACUCGGUUUACGUGGUGCUGAUAUCGAGCAUUGGGCUGAGUUUCUUGGACCCGAUGGGAGAUUGAGGAGGGAUCUCGUAAAAGCUAAACUCCUGAAUCUAUUGGCAGCUGCUACAAAACAAGAUUCAAUGGAUGAAGCGGACGAGCGUAUUUGUCAAUGUCCUGGGCAGAUAAUUGAUGCAGAAACUUUGGAUAAAAUCCUCAAGCAGCCAGAUCACUGUAGGAUUUUCUACGGACCAGCUACUCCGGAAAAAGUACCAACGGAGCCCCGUGAUCAUCGUGUGGCCCUGGUGGAGGACUCCAGUGGUAUUCUUUUGCGUAUUGGUCUGAGGGGCCACAAAAUUACUGAGGUGGAAGUCAGGCUUUUGAUUGGUAUUGGUGUUUCAACCUGGUCAAUACAUGCCGAUUAUCCACGCAGAGUACCACUACACCAUUGCGACGCACUUCUCCACUAUAAUGCAGCACAAAGCGGAAUGUAUGCUGUCGCAGUGGGACCAUAUCCUGGCGCUAGAUGUGAGGAUAGAUCGACACUGUGGCGUAUACGUGUGCCAGCUACUGAGACUAUCAUGAAUCAGCAUUACUCGGAAGAGAGUGUACCAGCACUGACGGAAUCCGUGCUUAUGUACAUUCUGGAUCAGCUCAGAGGUAGAAUACCUCUGAAUGUACCAAUGAAGUUGAAGAGAACUCUAAAGGUCGUAACACGUUACAUAAUGAAGACAAUUCACUGGUGGUCACUAGAGCGAGCGGGUCCAGAUCCAUUGCGCUCAUGGUCACCAGACACCCUGGCACGUCACGUACUUCUCGCACUCGAUGAAUUGGUCAUGGCACUCAGAUGUCAGAGUCUACGAUGCUACUUUCAUCCACGUUGCAACGUUAUGCUCCAGUGCGCAAAAGAUGGACUCCUUCAUCCGGACGACUCGUACGUGUCUGAUGCUCGACUGUUGGAAGCAUACAUUCUGGCGGUGCACCAGUACUCCUUGAACUUGACCCCGGCUGAGCCGCGACCCAGUGAUGUACUUGAGAAUGAGUUGAUUGUGAGAUGGCGCCGUGUGAUGGCAUCAUUACCCAGAGGCACCAUGGGGGGAUCCAGCGGUUACAGUCCAAGGCAGUUGGCAUACUUGGGGCUUGUCCUUCGAGAAGUUCUUAAAGUCAGAAAACUUUCUGUGCACCAUCAUUUCAAUAACUGCAGCUAUUUCAAUUAUACUCCAGCUCACGAUAUUCAAUCAGACUCUAUCGAGAACUUGAUAUACUUAUUGAUUCUAAUCCUGAAGCAAGCCAGGGAUCAAAUUUACGCAAUAACUGAUCGCAAGAAGCGUAAAAAGGAUCGUAGACGAGCACUGAAUGAACACAGUAGUCCAAGCCACUUUGAGCGUUCCAUGGAUAUUCUCAUCGACAUAGUCCGUAGAGACCGUGAUACAGCUUACAUGGAUCUUGAUAGUGACGUUGUCCUAGCGAGAGUACUCCUGAGAUGGUUGUACUUCGGUAUGGAACACGAGAGAAAGAUACUUGGUCCAAUUCUACGACCAUACCUUGGCAAUCUAUUCAAUUCAUCCCAUGAGAAUGCCUGGCACGUUGAGUCUUGGCGAAAACGUCGUGAUAUAUACAAUAGUGAGAUGCGUUCACUUGGUCUCUUCUGUAAGCUUGUUACAUCCCAAGAGGUAUCACCUGCCAACGGCAUUGUGGAGUCUAUCUCAAAGGGUUGGUACUGGGCUGAGAACACAACUAGGAUGAUUGAACGAUCUGAAGAGGGUUUGAAACUUGUAUUUCUACCUCCUGGAAGGGUGCUGAAGUACAGCCUUACUUUUACCAAUAAUCAGGGCUUGAGUGCGUAUUCCACUUGGAGUAAAGCAAGAAAUGUGGGAAAUGCUGCAAGACGUACUGUUAUGGCAAGAACUAAUAUGAUAACUAACGGAGAGCGAUUCGGUGAAUUUGGAGCAAUUGGUGAAGCUGAUGUUAAUGAAGGUUUCGCUCGUCACAUAGAGCUUCGUGAUUCGAGUCCACUAACGCAUAUUGUAUCAAUGCACCGGAGAAAAGGCAGACAACGAGGUCCCGGGGGUCUUAUACCAGCGCUUGUGUCACUGAACAAAUUUCGAAUACUCCAGGAGGCCGCUGCGGUAUUACCCCGUGAGGAACGAAUAGCAAUGUUGGAUGCAGUUCAAAGGGUAUCAAGAGAGGCGUCUCGACGUCUGCGAAGAACCAGCUGUCCAGACCUCACCGCCCCAGGCACCCCGAAGCAAACGUACACGCCAAGAUCGGAAAGUUACCUAAUGGAUCCACCCUCGAUGCCCCCACCCCCCCGCCACCACAGCAUAAUAACAGAGCACCAGAAACAAUUACAAAAAGAAAUACUGGAAAUGCACGACAGUCUGUCACGUGGGUUAUGUCCAAGGAAUACCUCAACCUCCUGGGACACAAAUUCAGGGCUCUCCUGGACGUCCUCGCUCCGCUCAAUCGGAAGGAGCAGACUCCGCAGAAGUCGACCACCAAUUUGGGACAGCACUCGUACUUCACCGAUGUGGGACAGUGUUAGUAGUAAUGGUAAUUUCACCAAGUGCAAAUCUGAGGAGAUGAUCAGCCGUGAGGAGUCACCGAAGUGGAGCAAUUCGGACGGUAGAAUUUCGAGAAGUGAAAUUGCUGGUGACGAUGAGAUUCUCCCGUCUUGGGAAUUUCUCGAAGCAACCUUGAAUCAGAAGUUGCUUCAUUACAAUACUAGUGAUAAUAAUGGGCCUGAUAAUGAGCUAAAUCACCUAAAGUUAUGACAAAAUUAGUGAAUAAUUGAUGAACAUCCUACUUCUCCAUAUAUCCUACUAUAUCCUUCUACAUAUCCUACAAUAUUCUGUUUCUACACGGAAGGAAAAGUUGGAUAAAAAUUGUGUUAUAUUUUACUGUACGAAA